UCGAGGCAGUCUGAUAGGACUUCCCUUGCGACAAGGGCUUCUGUGUUGAUAACUUGGAAAACAAUAGACGUCGGACACUUAGGGCCUGGGAGCGAACUGUAGUUUGGAUAUGGAAUUUCUUUGUCACCUUCACUCCUCUGGGAGUUUGAGGACUAGAGGAGGAAGUCAAGAGAGUCUCGUCAUUGUCAGAAACGGGACAGUUUGCAACCGUUGUCAAGAAGGCAGAGAUACAGAUGUCUUAACUCACUGCCAGGUUACUGACAAGCCCCGCCUCGUGCUGGGCCAGUUCCGUCCACAGCAUCUUGCUGCACAGUUUGUGCCCUGUCACCAAACUCAGAGCUCCCUGUGGGCCUCAAAGGUGUGAACCCCGUGUCUUCCCAGAGGGCUUAACCAGAAUGGGGCUAAAUAUACUUACUGUAGACAUGAAGCCGCUUUAGAUUAUAUGACCUCUGACUGCCUUUCCAGUUUUGAAAAUCUGUGGUUCCUGAACCUGACUUGAAGAUACAGUGGGUCAUCAUCAGGAGUUGAUAGUUUGUUUUCUUUUUAUGCACUUAUGGCCAUGGAAGUUUAGAAUUGGAGAGACUUGAGAGAUUAGCUCCAGCAGUUUUACAGUUUUGGGCAAGCUUGGGAAUUCUUUUCUUCAUUCCUUCACUCAACAAAUAUUUAUCGAGCACCUGCUGUGUACCAGCUUUGGGGAUACAAUGGUGGAGCACAAAGAGACCCAGCUGGUCCGCCAUUUUAGAGCUACAGUCUAGUAUGGGAGACAAACAUUCAUCAUAUAAUCACAAAUAGAACCUAAUAUUGAAACUGGGUAAAUGCCGUGAAAGUCAUACUUGACGUUUUGAAUGCUUAUUGUAGGAGGAUUUAAUUUAGGGAAAUUGGGGCAGACUUUUCUGAGGAGAUGAUGGUUAAGAUUGGAAAGAGAUUAGGAGUCGGGAAGAGCCUUAAAGAUAGGAAACAGCCUUUGCAAAGGUCUAGUGGCCUGAGGGAUAUGGCUCUUUCUAGGAACUGAAAGAAAAGAGUAUGGAGAGUGGUGUGAAGUGAGGCUGGAGAAGUAGGAAGGUGCCAGACCACACGGGGCCUUGGAGUUUUAUCAUUAAAAGCAGUAGGAAGCCAUUGAAAUAUUUAAGCCAAGUGGUAAUGUGAUCGUCUUUAUAUUUCCAAAGGUUCAAUCUACCUGUAAUGGAGAAUGGAUUGAAAAAGACAAAAGUAGAUAGAAGUAAUGGAGUAAUCCAAGCAAGAAAUGUUAGGAAGUGGUUGUGGAGAUGGGGAGAAAUGGACAGACUCAAGGGAUAUUUAGGAAGUAAAAUGGACAGGAUAUGAAGGGUGGGGGAAGGAAGUGUCGAGGAUGACUUGUAGGUUUCUGACUUUUGUAGCUGGAUAGAUGUCCUUCAGUGAAUUGGGAAAAUUUAGAAGUUUGAUUUUGUACAUGAUGAGUUAUAGGUGCCUUUGAGAAAUUUAAGAGCUGUGAAAUGAGAAGUAGGGAUAUGGAGCUCAGAUUUGAUGUUUAGGGUGGAGAAAAAAAUUGAGUCAUCUAUAAAUGAUUAUUAAAGCCAUGUGCAUAAAUGAGUGAAGAGGGCCUAGGAUGGAGUCUUGGAUACUUACUGACCAGGUUAGAGGAAGAUGAAUCUACAAAGAAGAUCUAGGAGGAGUGUCCAGAAGGGGAGGAAAAUCAGAGGAAAAGAUGCUGGAACCACAGGAGAGUGGCUUGAUUGACCUACCAGACUAUGAGCAUGUAGAAGAUGAAACUUUUCCUCCAUUCCCACCUCCAGCCUCUCCUGAGAGAGAGGAUGAACCUGAUGGUGAAGGAGCUGAACCUGAUGAAGAGUCAGGGAGAGGAGCACCUGUUCCUGUACCUCCAAAGAGAACAGUUAAAAGGAAUAUACCGAAGCUGGAUGCUCAGAGAUUAAUUUCAGAGAGAGGGCUUCCAGCAUUAAGGCAUGUGUUUGAUAAGGCAAAAUUCAAAGGUAAAGGUCAUGAGGUUGAAGACUUGAAGACACUAAUCAGACACAUGGAGCACUGGGCACAUAGGCUAUUCCCUAAACUGCAAUUUGAGGAUUUUAUUGACAGAGUCGAAUACCUAGGAAAUAAAAAGGAAGUUCAGACCUGUUUAAAACGAAUUCGACUUGAUCUCCCUAUUUUACAUGAAGAUUUUAUUAGCAAUAAUGAUGAAGUAACAGAAAAUAGUGGCCAUGACGUAACUGCUACUGAAUUAGAUUCCUUUUUAACAAACUCAUCUGAAAGUGAGAAGUUUGCUUCUGAGUCAAGUAGAAGCCUAACAGAAGAGCAACAACAAAGAAUUGAGAGAAAUAAACAACUGGCCUUGGAAAGAAGGCAGGCAAAGCUACUGAGUAACAGUCAGUCCCUAGGAAAUGACUUAUUAAUGAACACACCCAGGGCACAGACAGAUGAAGAGGUUAAUACAGGUGAGGCUCAAGAGGAGGAGGAGUCAAAUGGAUUUAACAAAGACAUUCUAGACAAUCCACUUAAUGAUGCUGCUGCCAAUACUGUAAAUAAAGAGGAGGAAUUAAAAAUAGAGAGAACGCAACUGGACCAAACUUUUUAAAGUGCACGAUAGUAACUUUAUGCUUCAUCCAAAAAUGUUACUGAGGUUGGAUAGGCCUCAACUAAGAGAAAAUCUAUUAACUUGCUAUCUUCCAAGUUUGAGAUUACUCUGUAUUUUGUUUGGCCAGAGUGAAAAUCCUUAAUUAGUAAAACUUGUACAAAUGCCUCUUUAAAAUCUGCUAUUUAGGGGCUGCCUGGUGGCGUAGCGGUUAAGUUCAUGUGCUCCGCUUCAGUGGCCUGGGGUUCGUGGGUUGGGAUUCUGGUGCAGACGAAUGCGCUGCUUAUCAAGCCAUGCUGUGGUGGCGUCCCAUACAAAGUAGAGGAGGAUGGGCACAGAUGUUAGCCCAGGGCUAAUCUUCCUCACACACACACAAAAAAUCUGGUAUUUAUAAUUAUACUUGUUUCUUAUUAACUUUAGUUAAGUCUAUUUAUUCUCUUUUGUGUUUAUUUUUGUAUAGAUAGGACUUCAUAAAAAUGAUUGAUCGUUAAUAAAGUUUCUGCUCCUAGUGUGCCAGUGAAUGCCUUGUUUUCACUAAAUUGGGUGGUGUUUUAAGAUGUAAAUAUAUAAUGAAUAUUAAUGUCCAUUUUUAAAAAAGAAAUAAAAAUCUUACAGACUAUC